GCUGGGUAAAUGUCAAAUUAGGAUAAUGAUCAAGUACACCAUUUCAUUGCAAUACAAGUAGAUCUAGAUUUAUAAUCUAGAAAUGCUCAAUAUUCAUAGGUUUACUAAAUGCUAAAAGCUAGGUGGUUAAAGGAUCUAUUGGUUGCGUCGUUUUAGAGGAUGAAUAAUGAACUUUAAAUAAGGAGAAUGUAGAUGAUUAGUGAGCUGUAGUUGUCAGGAGAAGGCGUUUCUGCAGUGAAAAAUGCAAGAAAAUGCUUUUUGGCGUUGGGGUUUCGCCCCGAACUCCACACUCCAUGAGCUGUAGAUGUCAAGAUAAUGCGUUUCUGCAGUGAAGAAUGCAAGAAAACGCUUUUGUUUUUUUUUUCGCCGAAGAGAAUCUUGACAAACUAAUUCUAAGACACGAUGGGUAUAAGAACAGGCUGUUACCGAAUCAGCUGGUUCAAUACCUGACCUUGAACAAUGCCAACCUCAGAUGCGUAGUCUAAACUUGUGUCAGAGGGGGUCAAGCUAAAAGAUUUGCUACCAAAUGAGCUUCUGUUAGUGAAUGUUGAUUGUUGCACAAAGACAAUUUACUGCAUAGCUUCAGAUCGUUCUAGACGUUAACCAGCCCAGCUUUUGUAGUCCAUUGGCAAAGCAGCAAUCAAAAACUUUCUUGCAAGAGAGCUGACAUGGCCAGAUUUUAUGUCUACACUUUUAACCAACAAAACCAAACUAACGAAACUAACGCAGAUCUACACUCUCUGCACAGGGCGAUCUACAGUGCAGGUUUAACUCUAACUCCCUUUUAUUUGUUUGUCAAUAUAUUCUUCCUAACUGGGUUAUUAAUGCAACACAGUCGUGACUCAUCAACCCAUAUCAUGUUUUUCCUUAGUCUGUGCUUUGCUGACAUGAUUCCAGCGGUCAUAUGCAUUCCAUUUACAUCCAUAGCCCACGAAAAGUUUCCCUCAGAUCGCGGGCUUUGCUAUCUAUGGCUAGCUUCAACCAGCACCUACGCCCUAGCAGCUUUCUACUCCUUACUUCUAAUGACCAUCGACCGUUACAUGUCAGUUCUUUUUCCUUUGCUGUACCGGAAGUGGGUCAACGUAGGGCGCGAGCAUGUAGUGAUCGUGUGUGUAUGGAUCUACAUUUUUAUUCUGGCUUGCCUACCUUUGUUGCUGACUCCCUCGAAGCCAGUGCAGCCAGAUUCUCACUGUGACUACUACUUUGCUACUCCCAAGGGAUUUUUAAAAUUUGCCGUGUUUGUGCCUUUGAGUUUUAGCGUUUUUAUGUCUAUGGUCAUGAACCUUCAUCUCUUCUGCAAGUAUAAAAAGAUAACUGUGGUAGAUGUGUUUGAAAUAAAUACUAGUCCCUGGGCGGCAGAGCACACUCUCUGUUAUCUGGAGCAUUACGCAAGUACUGCGACUACACAAGUCCUGAUCUUAGUUUACUUACUGUUGUGGACGCCUUUCGUCAUUUCAUCCAUUUACAUCUACAGAAACAACUUACCACUGAUUAAGAUCGCCACCCUGAUGGACACCUCAAAAACCAUUGGAUUUUUGUCGUCUUUUCUCAAAGUCCCGAUCUUCUUGUAUUACAACGUAUACUACCGCUGUGUGUUCAAGAUAAUGCUAACAACCAACCCUUCUCAUUGGCGUGAUCAGUUUCAGUUUUUACCUUACAAGUGGAAGAGAAGGCGAGCCAUAAAUAUUGCUAAUAAGGAAGACUUUGACUUUUAGUGUAGGCUGUUUGUAUUCUGAAGUGCUGUAACAGAUUCGCGCCAUCUGCUACCCUACAUUUGUUGGACAGGAGGAAGCAAUAUUCUGGAGCAUUCAGUUCCUUACAAACAUUCAACUGAACUCGAAUGUUGACAUCGGAACAAGAGGUAACAGGAGAGUCCCCCUCCCAUGCAACUUCAUUCUGUCUAAGAGUGACUCACACUAUGUUUCCAUUCAAUAAAGGCCUAGCGAAUAUCUUGA